AUGCAGUCGCUUAUCAGCAGUGGCUGGUCAACGACACCUCGAAUGUUGGGGACAGUACGUGACCGACCGUCCGCAACUCCCUAUACAAAUGAGCUAGCCGGUCUUCCGGUCGAGCUUUUAUUAUCAGCAACCGACUUCCUUACCGUGGAUGAUUGGAUUUGCCUAUCGCUCUGCAACCGCCGACUCUUCGCCAUAUACCACCGUCGAUAUAAUUCCACCCAGCUGCCAAAAGAGAUGAAACUGUCUGUUUUGGGCCGACUGGAACGAGAUUUACCGCAAUACUUCGUCUGUUAUGAUUGCUUGAUUCUUCACAAGGAUGACGGCUCCGGGUUCUUGGGUCUUUCGGAUCCAUUCACCCAGCAAAGCUGUCCUCUCCCAUGCUACCCCAAUAGCCCUAUCAGAUUGAUAUUACAAUCAAACUAUGGCACCAACUCUCUCCGCUCAUUUAAAUUCCUAGAUAUCCAGCUGGUCAUGCGAAGAUUCUAUCUAGGAGAUCCGUUUGGAACCAGCACUGAAGCGUUAUCUUAUACCCAAGUCAAGGUUGGAUAUGCUCGCCCUGAGAUUACCUCGAUCUUUUCCACCGACGCACAGAUCUGCUCAGAGCAACCAGCUCUUUAUUUCAGAAAACAGCAUGUGAGGGUUGUUCCUAGUAACGAAUGGCGACUACUGCCUGACAGAUUCUGUUGUAUGAUUAUUUGCAGGCACAUGAAAUAUUCUCGCGACAUAGUUACGAAUCCCGUUAUGAUCGCCUAUCGCAGCGGAGAGAAAAAUUCCAGUUACGAUCUUAACUGUCACUAUUGCAAUACCGAUGCCCACAUUGAAAUCCGUGAGCAUGGCUCUUGUGUGGCCCUGAUCCUUACCACAUGGGUUAAUCUUGGCUCUGGUUUGACGCCCGAUGAUCGCCGAUGGAAGAUUCAUAGUCAUGAUGGUUUUGGAAUGAAUUGCAAUUCAACUGAGCUCAAGGACAGUCCACGGGUCUCUUUUGAGAAUGCGUCGCCGUUGUCGUUGGAGGCAUUGCUGUUGAGAAACCUUUCCUACAUCCAGGACCAGCGAUACAGGCAGAUCAUGCAACCAGCUCCUCCGCAUCCGUAUGACCGUGGAGACUGGGGCAACUGGUACUUGCCCAGUAUACCCAGUUCGCGUAGUUCACCUAGUUGA